AUGGCAGCCGCCCUGUGUAGUAGGCAGUAUGUGCAUGUACACUACGUGUGUGGAUGUGCCCGAGCGAGUUGGGCCGGCAUGAGGGCCAAAUGUCGAGAGUACUGUUGCAAUGCCGGUGGUCAGCAGGCCCUGCUAGGCGGAUGGGCAUGUACACUACGGAGACUGCCAGCGCGCUCGUCGCAGAUGCCACGACGGCUGACACCCCCAGUCCAGCCGUUGGCGUGGCUCUUCCUAGCUGCAGUCACUGCCCGGCCAGUCCACUGGAUCUCCACGCUACCUAAUUCACCACCCUCGAAGCCCUAUCCGCUUGCUGCAUCUCGCCCGUCUCGUCGACUCUCCUUCUCCCGCCCAUCUCCAUCUGCCAGGGCUUUACUAGCACUGGCCAACUGUUCAGCUCUCGCUGACAAGCUGUAUUCCUCAAUCUCACACGACUCACUCGUCAACACCAUGAUCCUCAGAGAAUCAGAGUCCAACAACAUGGGCCGCGGUGCUUACGACACGACUGGCACUCCCAAGCCAUCGCCCACCACCACACCACCAACCAAAUAAGACAUUCGCCAUGGUAUCUCAACGGACCAAUGCUUUUCCCCACCUUAUUGCUCCUUGCUUUUGAUGGCUUGCAUCAACGCCCUGCAAUCUCAUCCCAAGCAUCGUGGUCCUGUUGAGACCCGACCGAUAGCACGUUGCGCACUUCUCACUUCCAAUUGCUCGCCAACGCCAUUACGACCGAGCACUUCGCUGGUUUCACAGCGCCUUUGCUUCCGAGCCUUAUCGAGAUUACGCCCUUUUAAUCAUUCCGCAACCCUUCCGAUUCGAUUCUUGACAGCAACCUAAUACCCCCGCUUCCUCGGUUCCUGUUCGGCGUCUUCGAGCGCCUCUCAAUCUUCUCCCACGUUCAGCGACACUUUCUUACGGCAAAAAAGUACUCUUGUUUCACACGGCGUUCUUAUAGACAUGGUUUGGCCCAGGCAUAGAU